GGAGGUGGUGCGGAGCGCGGGGGGCCCGGGUUUUUUGUGCGCGCGCGGGGGGGUCGAAGCAUGUCGUCGCUGAGCAGAGAACUGGUGUUCCUCAUACUUCAAUUCCUCGAGGAAGAGAAGUUCAAGGAGUCGGUGCACAAGUUGGAGAAAGAAUCAGGGUUUUACUUUAACAUGAAGUACUUUGAGGAGAGAGUUCAGGCUGGAGAAUGGGAAGAAGUUGAGAAGUACUUGACUGGAUUUACCAAAGUUGACGAUAAUCGUUACUCCAUGAAGAUCUUUUUUGAGAUCAGGAAGCAGAAGUACCUUGAAGCACUUGAUCAGCAAGACAAAGCAAAAGCAGUUGAAAUAUUGGUGCAUGAUCUGAAAGUAUUCUCCACAUUUAACGAGGAGCUGUACAAAGAGAUAACCCAGCUUCUAACUCUCAGCAAUUUUAGGGAAAAUGAGCAGCUCUCCAAGUAUGGAGACACCAAAACUGCUAGGAACAUAAUGUUGAUAGAGUUGAAGAAACUUAUUGAGGCAAAUCCCUUGUUUCGUGAUAAGUUGAUUUUUCCUUCUCUAAAGUCUUCGAGAUUGCGGACUUUAAUUAAUCAAAGUUUGAACUGGCAACACCAACUAUGCAAAAACCCAAGGCCAAACCCUGACAUAAAAACAUUAUUUACGGAUCACACAUGCAAUCCUCCCAAUGGUCCUCUCACACCUGCGCCUGUAACUCUGCCUGUUAAUGCAGGCGCAAAAUCUGCUGCUUAUCCACCACUCGCAGCACAUGGGCCCUUUCCAGCCACUGCAACAGCAGCUGCUGGUGCAAAUGCUUUAGCAGGUUGGAUGGCCAAUGCCUCUGCUUCUUCAUCAGUUCAAGCAGCUGUGGUUACUGCAUCUUCAAUACCCAUCCCACCUAACCAAGUUUCAAUCUUGAAAAGACCAAUAACACCUCCAGCAGGUCCUGGGAUGGUUGAUUAUCAGAAUCCAGAUCACGAGCAACUAAUGAAGAGGCUUAGACCUGUUCCGUCUGUUGAGGAGGUUACAUACCCAAUACCUCGGCAACUAGCUUCUUGGUCGUUGGAGGAUUUGCCUAGAACGGUUGCUUUGACCAUGCAUCAAGGAUCUUCUGUCACUAGCAUGGAUUUUCAUCCCUCCCAUCCUUCAGUGCUUCUUGUUGGGUGUACUAAUGGUGAAAUUACGCUGUGGGAACUUGUAUCCCGGGAGAAAUUGGUUUCAAAGCCAUUCAAAGUUUGGAACAUUCAGCCUGCUGCAGCUGCUGCUAAGGAUAGUGUUGUAUCUGUCACCCGUGUCAUGUGGAGUCCAGAUGGAAAUUUCAUUGGUGCUGCAUUCACCAAGCAUUUGGUACACCUAUAUGCCUGUCAUGGAUCCAAUGAUUUACGUCAGCAAAUGGAGAUUGAUGCCCAUACUGGUGUUGUCAAUGACUUGGCCUUUGCUUAUCCUAACAAACAACUAUGCGUUGUGACUUGUGGAGAUGACAAGUUGAUAAAGGUGUGGGAUUUGAAUGGAAGGAAGUUAUUUAACUUUGAAGGCCAUGAAGCACCUGUGUAUUCUAUCUGUCCGCAUCACAAGGAAAAUAUUCAGUUCAUAUUUUCAACUGCAAUGGAUGGCAAAAUAAAGGCCUGGCUCUAUGACAAUGUGGGUUCUAGAGUUGAUUACGAUGCUCCAGGUCGUUGGUGUACAACAAUGCUUUACAGUGCUGACGGAAGUAGAUUGUUCUCAUGUGGAACAAGUAAAGAGGGAGACUCUUUUCUUGUGGAGUGGAAUGAAAGUGAAGGAGCAAUAAAGCGGACAUACUCUGGGUUCAGGAAAAAGUCUGCUGGUGUUGGUGUUGUGCAAUUUGAUACCACGCAAAAUCAUUUUUUGGCUGCUGGUGAAGAUGGCCAAGUAAAAUUUUGGGACAUGGAUAAUAAUAAUGUCAUAGCCAACACUGAUGCCGAAGGUGGACUUCCGAGUCUUCCUCGCUUGAGAUUCAAUAAAGAAGGCAAUUUACUUGCUGUUACUACGGCUGACAAUGGAUUCAAGAUACUUGCGAAUGCAGUUGGUCUCAGAUACUUAAAAGUGAAUGAAACUCCUGCAUUUGAGGCUAUGAGAACUCCAAUUGAGUCUGCAGCAAUUAAGGUUUCUAGCUCUCCUGCUGUUGCAAAUGCCAGUCCGGUCAACUGCAAGAUUGAAAGAAGCUCUCCAGUCAGACCUUCGUCGCAUCUUAAUGGAGUUGAUUCCAUGGGACGGAGCCUGGAGAAACCAAGAGUAGUUGAGGAAGCAGUUGAUAAAACCAGACCCUGGCAGUUGGCUGAAAUUACGGAUCCUGGCCACUGCCGGUUGGUUACCAUGCCUGACAGCAAUGAUACUUCCAACAAGGUUGUUAGACUUCUCUACACAAACUCAGGUGUUGGCAUUUUGGCCCUCGCAGCAAAUGGUGUCCAGAAGCUGUGGAAGUGGGCUCGAAAUGAUCAAAAUCCAAGUGGAAAGGCCACUGCCAGUGUUGUUCCUCAGCAUUGGCAACCGAGCAGUGGUCUUCUUAUGUCUAAUGAUGUAUCAGGUGUCAACCUGGAUGAAGCAGUACCAUGCAUAGCACUCUCAAAGAAUGAUUCGUAUGUUAUGUCUGCUUGUGGUGGAAAGGUCUCAUUGUUUAACAUGAUGACUUUCAAGGUAAUGACAACGUUCAUGCCACCACCUCCUGCUUCAACCUUCCUUGCAUUCCAUCCUCAGGAUAAUAACAUCAUUGCGAUUGGAAUGGAGGAUUCAACUAUCCAUAUCUACAAUGUCAGAGUUGAUGAGGUGAAGUCGAAAUUGAAGGGCCACCAGAAGCGCAUAACUGGUUUAGCUUUCUCCACCAAUCUCAAUAUCCUGGUCUCAUCAGGUGCUGAUGCUCAACUUUUCGUAUGGAGCAUCGAUUCCUGGGAGAAAAGGAAGUCUGUCCCGAUCCAAAUGCCAGCUGGAAAAGCACCUAAUGGUGACACUCGAGUACAGUUCCAUGCAGAUCAAAUCCGUUUACUCGUAGUUCACGAGACGCAGUUGGCAAUAUACGAUGCAUCCAAAAUGGAUCGCAUUAGACAGUGGGUCCUGCAAGAUGCCCUUUCUGCUCCGAUAUCUUGUGCAGCAUUUUCCUGCAACAGCUUGUUGGUGUACGCGACGUUCCGUGACGGUAACAUCGGGGUGUUUGAUGCUGAUAACCUCAGAUUAAGAUGCCGCAUAGCUCCAUCCACUUACUUGUCCCAUGGGGCAUUGAAUGGAAGUCAACCGUUGUAUCCGCUCGUGGUUGCGACACAUCCAGUGGAGCCCAACCAAUUAGCCGUUGGUUUGACAGAUGGGUCUGUCAAAGUGAUGGAGCCAGCAGAGUCAGAUGGAAAAUGGGGAGCAACUCCACCCUUAGACAACGGAAUGCUGAGUGGUAGAACGCCGUCAUCGUCUACGACAAGCAACCACACUCCAGAACCAGUACAGAGAUAGAUGACCUUUGUUAUGUACACAUUCCAAUCUUUUCCCUUUUUUUCUUCUUCUGAGUUCUUCCUAUUUCUCAUAAGUAGAUUGUAAGGUUGUCGAGUUAAUGUGUCCCUUAUCAAAAGGUAAGCAGGGCAUUUAUGCUUUAUAAGCUAGAACGUUCUGGUAUAUACUUGGUUAAUCAAUGUACACAUGUUUCUGUUCAGUUUUA